AUGGUUUUGAGCUGCAGUGAUUUUUCUGAUCAGCAUUUGAGGGGCGGAAUCCCACCUGAAACAGCCAAUCUUCAGUACUUAACAAAACUUUACAUCAACGACAACAAACUGGAAGGACCAAUACCAACUUUUCUUGGUGAAAUGAAGUCUUUAAACGAACUAGAUCUUGGAGGUAACUGGUUCACUGGCUCAAUUCCGCCAGCAUUGGGUUCCCUUCCAUCUCUCCAACUUCUGUUCCUGCACAACAACUUAUUAUCAGGAGGAAUUCCACCACAACUUGGGAACCUUACAAGCCUUGUCCAACUGGAUUUGUCUGACAAUCAGCUCUCAGGUGUUCUCCCCCAAGAGCUAGGACACCUUAAAAACCUUAAAUACUUGUGGUUGAUUAACAAUAAUUUCAUUGGUGAAUUGCCACAAAGCUUAGCAGCUUUAAGGAAGAUGGUCAACCUAUUCAUUUUCGGAAACAGCUUCUCUGGCAGGAUACCUGAUUACAUUGCUAAGUGGGAGAAUCUCAAGUAUCUGGGACUGAUAGGAAACAGUUUUGAAGGGCCUUUCCCUGAUGCACUCUCAUCUUUAAACCUUUCUGAGCUGCAUGUUUCUGACUUAACAGGAAGCAGUGAAGGAGGAGGUUUCCUAUUCCCAGAUAUAUCAGGAAUGACAUCUUUGGAAUGGAUGGACUUGAGUUUCAACAAUUUGAGUGGUGAAAUUCCAGCCUUCAUGGACUCUCGAAACCUACAAUACUUGUAA